GUGUCAUAUACUUUUGUUUCCCUGAUAUCUGAUCACAUUUUAACGGUGUUAUCUUGCCUCAACAUAAGGACGACGCAUAGUAGCUAGGUCUACAAUCAAAAGAUGAAUAGUUUCUAAAUGGACAGCGGAGAAGGAACAGGUGGAUUUUUAGGACGUACCAGAACAUCAUUGCAAUAUCAUGGAACAUGAAAAUAGGCCUACUUUUAUUCAGCAUUUGCGACAGAGGAUGCUUUCGUGAGAUCUUCAGGAUUUGAUAAUCGAGCUGAUUUGAGACCAGCCUUCUCCUUCUUAAAUUUCUUUUAUUCCAACAUUAAAAUGUCGACUUUCUCGCCAGCUAGUUCUCUUGCGCUCACCAUCAGCGAGCUAGCGACUACGGCCGGGGAUGUGACGGCCUCGCUUCCCGAUGAUACCACUGCCAUGGAGUCUACGACAAUGAGUGUUCUUUCGUCUUCAACAGUUCAACCGAAUGAUAAUUCGGGAUGGUCCUCUGGAUUUGAUGACCAGGUAUGGAUCAAGUUCUGCUACGGUGUGAUCGCAGUUCUAGGAAUCUUCGGUAACUUCAUGGUGAUGUUCACAGUGGCUCGUGUCCGCUCCUUGAGAACACUCACCAACAUGUUCAUCGUCAGCCUGGCUGCUGCAGACUUCAUCACAUCCGUCUUUCUUAUUCCACUCCAUCUUGGUAUCAACAUCCCGGUGCCCGACGGCGCAGGAGGGAACACUCUCUGUCGCCUUCUCCUGUCCAAGUUUCCACUGUGGACGGCCUUCACGGCGUCGGUGCUCAACUUGACCUGUGUGACCUUGGAGCGAUAUUUCAGCAUCGUCCACCCUCUUCAUUACGAUGCCAUCUUUACGGCCAGAAAGGCAGGUAUGAUGAUUUUCAGUGUCUGGGUGUUCGGGUUCGUCAUGAACAGCUACAUGCUAUAUGUCUUCUACAAUGAUGGAGGGACCUGUAUGCUCAGAUGGCCGAACGUCGGUUACCAGACCUUCGUAGGCGUGGCCAAUUUUUGCGUCAUCUACGUCAUCCCAAUCACAGUCAUGGGCAUCUCCUAUUGGUUGAUCAUGUCAAACCUCCAGGCCAGUGCACGUAGGCUGCGUCAGGAGACACGAGAAGGCAAGUCUGGACCGAUGGCUCUGGAACUCUUGAGCGCCAGGAAGAAGGUCGUGAAGAUGCUCGCUAUUGUCGUAGUGACCUUCGCCAUCUGCUGGGCGCCCAACCAAUUCGUCUUUUUCGCGUACAACUGUGGCUGGAACCUGGACUUUGACCAGUGGUAUUACCAUCUCACCGUCUUGGUCGCCUUCUGCAAUAGCUGUAUGAAUCCUUUCAUCUAUGCCUUCAAGAGCAAGCAGUACCGGAAGGCACUUCGGGCUGCUGUGUGUAGUAGGAAAUGGACAACUACUGUCAGUAGCUUCGAAGGUACCAACCCCAGUGCGAUUGUUUCAUCGGUCGGAAAAGGAAAUAACAAGCAAUAAACAUAAACAAUGAAGCACUUAAGAGCAGACUUUUAGAGGUGUCUAUUGUGUACAGUUUUGAAAGAUAAGAUAUCAUGAAUUAUAUAUAAAGUUUACAAAGGAAAGAAUAAGAUAUUAAUUUUGUCUAUCCAGUUUUGUCGUUGCAUGCAAAGUUACCCACUGUAAACAAAGCCCCAAACCUCAGGUGUUUUGUAUAUUGUUCAAAAUGUUUAGUUAGCUUAUUGAUAUUGUCUUAUAUUGGCAUCUUGGUGAAGAAAUGCUUUUCAUUAAUUUGUAUAACCUUUUAAAACACUUUUUUUUGGAAAAUUCAUAUAUAUAAUCUCUCUAAGCGCUUUACAGAUAUUUUGUGUGCUAUACCCAUUCCCAUUCAAACUGUUCAUAGUUAGCCACGGAAUAUUAAUGCAAUAUUUUGAACGGUUAUACUUUGUCAGGUUAACGAUAGUGUAGAGGCGAAUCUUCAUGCAUUUUUGCCUUGAAUUGUUGACCUAUAGUUAUGUCAUAUGCGGUAUAGGAUCGCAAUUAUAUACCAUAUAUAAUAUUGCGCGCGCACUUCGGUGUUGUUUACAUUUUCCAGCGUUGUUUUUAACCAAUACCUGCAACGACGUUUUAAUAUCAAAUACACCCGAGUCUCGACAUUAAUUUUUAUUUCAAUGCAAUAGUCGAAGGUCACCCAAACAGGAUAUUGCGUUUAUUCACCUAUUUGUACUGUAUACUGUACAUCCUUUCUUUAACAUAGUAGAAGACAUCGUUCCAAAAUCUCCGUAGCCAUUUUUUAUAACAAGUAAAAUUAUUAUGCUGUUCGCGUCAUUUCAUCUGUUGUAUAUACAAUUUUGAUAGUAAACUUCUUUCCAAAAACUAUGUAUCUAUUUCAAUGACUGAAGUGAUAUUUGGAUAAAUUGUAUAAAUUAUUGUAUGAGCUCUUGACUUGGUUCUUGGUUGGUUGGUCCUCCAAAAUACUCGUCUGAGUUUUAACUGGAGGUGUUAUAUUGACGUGUGAUAUAUUGAUGAUAUUGAUAGAAUUUGUUAAAGAGAGGCUAUAUAAUUAUAUAAGUGGUAUAUAGGGAUUUCGAGUUACAUGCUUCCUAGAGUAUACUAUUUAUAGCUUGAAAGAAAAAUGUUUUGAAGAUUUAUGAUAAUUAGCUAUGAUUGUUUUUGAGUUUGAGGGAAAGUUUGUAGUUUGUUGGAGAAUAUUUGUAAGCCACGUACACUCACAAAAAGUAAAGUGACAAUGUGCAAUUUGAACAACCUUUGUCUGUACUUAUCUUUUGUACAGCCCUAUAAUUAUUCACUAUCUUUUUUUCUUCCAUCAUACACUCAUGCUCUCUCUCUCUCUCUCUUUUC